GUUUUUGGAGUCAUUAAAGUAGCUGCGGAACUUGUCACAUGACAGUCUCCCGGCGGGUCAUAUGACCCAGACUUUUCGCCCCCAGUUCACAGCACCAUGGCUCUGUCCUGUGGACCGGUCCUGGGCCGGGUGGGCUUCGUCCUCCUCCUGAGCGCGUGCGCGGCGGCCCACGGCCGCUUUGCGAGGCUUCGCCGCGCGCAGGAGCUCGCGCCGGGAGCCGCGUCCGAGGAGCUGUGGUUCACCCAGAAACUGGACCACUUCAACGGGGCGGACGGCCGAGUGUGGAAGCAGAGAUACUUUGUAAACGAAGCCUUCUACAAGCCCGGCGGGCCGGUGUUCCUGAUGAUCGGCGGCGAGGGCCCAGCGAAUCCAGCCUGGAUGCAGAACGGCACCUGGCUCAUCUACGCCCAGAAGCUGGGAGCCCUGUGUCUGAUGCUGGAGCACCGGUUCUACGGAAAGAGUCACCCAACACAGGACCUCAGCACGGACAGCCUGCGUUUCCUCAGCAGCCGGCAGGCGCUGGCCGACCUGGCCCACUUCCGCACGGCCACGGGCCUGGCCCGGGGGCUGGCCGACGCCAAGUGGGUGGCCUUCGGCGGCUCCUACCCGGGCUCGCUGGCCGCCUGGUUCCGGCUGAAGUACCCCCACCUGGUCCACGCGUCCGUGGCCACCAGUGCGCCCGUGCACGCCACCGUCAACUUUCCAGAGUACCUAGAGGUUGUGUGGCGUUCGCUGGCCUCGGAAAACCCGGAGUGCCCCGUGCUGGUGAACAAAGCCUCGGACGCCCUGGCCGAACGUCUGAAAGACCCCAAAACCUUUGACAACAUUACCAAAGACUUCAAUUUGUGCUCCAAGCUGCAGCUUGAGUCAGACAUGGAGUCGGCCUACUUUCUGGAAACGGUGGCUGGCAGCUUCAUGGAUGUGGUCCAGUACAAUCAGGACAACAGAGACUUUGAGGGCGUGGCAGCCACCAACAUCACCAUCAAGGUGCUGUGCGGCGUGAUGGCCGACGCAUCGCUGGGAGACCCCUACGCCCGCUACGCCGCCGUGGCGCGUCUGAUGGCGGACGCCUUCUCCAUGAAGUGCCUGGACGCCAGCUUCGGGAACUACGUCAGAGACAUGAGCAACACGUCCUGGGACGGGCCGGCGGCAGGGGGAGGGAGACAGUGGGUCUACCAGACCUGCAGUGAAUUCGGAUUCUACCAGAGCACAGAUUCACCCAACCAGCCUUUCACCGGCUUCCCUCUCAGCUACCAGGUGAAACAAUGCGCGGCCUUUUACAACAUCAGCGCCGAGCAGGUGGCGGAGGCCGUCGUCCAGACCAACGAGAAUUACGGGGGCUACGCCAUCCGCUCCAGCAGAAUCGUCUUCCCCAACGGCUCCAUCGACCCCUGGCACGCCCUGGGGAUCACCCAGAACAUCACCGCCGACCUGCCGGCCGUUUUCAUCAAAGGAACAGCCCACUGCGCCAACAUGUACCCGGCCAGCAGCCGGGACCCCCUGCAGCUGUCUCUGGCCCGCGACGGCAUCUUCCUGCUCCUCCAGCAGUGGCUGGAGCAGUGACUCGGUUCAACGGGCCGAUGGACGGCUUCACAGAGCACCUAAACGACUCCCGGGAGCGACGGACCGGGGACACGCCCGCCUUAAUUACCGCCAAAUCCACCGCCGCUCAAAACACUUUGCACAAAACUCAACAGAAAAUGUUUGAGUUCGGAAGAUGUGACAUAAUUUUUUUUUUAGACAAUAAAGCUUUUUUU